ACCUCUAAUAAUGUUUAUUUUGUUAUUCGUUCGUCGUCUUGAAAACUAUUUAAACGCGCUUAAAAAUAUUAACUGAAAAAUAUAAAAAUUAAAAGCUAAUCAACAAAACAAAUCGCGCUUUUACUUGAACUGAUUUCUGAAUCGCCUGCAUUUAACUUCCCACCAACAACAAGGACAUACCAGAUAAGGCAUUGUGCAAAAUGUGCGACGAAGGUGUUCAUCUAGACCACCAUGUCCACUUCGAUGCGGCCACGGUGAAGGAUGACUUCGAGUCGGAUAGCUGUGUGACAUAUCAACGGUCGGGAGACACGAUCGCGGUUAGCCUGGGCUUCCUGCAGAUCAACCAUCGCUACCUAAUCGACCUGAAGCUGCCGACGACGCUGUUCGGUGAUACGGGCAAGCAGCUGCCGGGCAGCAAGUUCGAGCCGGUGGUGAGCGCCACACCGAAUCUGCAUUGCCGGAUCACGGAGUUUGCGGGCACCAAGCAUGACGAGCACGACUUCUUCGAGAUGAAGAUCGAGUUCUUUGCGUACAAGGAGAAGCUGCUGCGCGAGGUACUGCACAUCGUCAGCUCGAGCAAUUCGAAGGAGCUGCUGCAGCUGGUGAUUGCCGCCCGGGUCCUGGGCAAGGGCAAGGGCACGCCCAUGCUGCGCACGGGAAUACAUUGCAUCGGCGUCGAGCGGGAUGAGGAUGAGUCGGAGGCCUCCGAUUUUGCCGGCUUCGAAAGCAGCAAGCCCUAAUUCGUUUUCUUAGUUAAUUGCAGAGAUAUUUGCGUAGUUCUUAAGUGCAGCGAAGGCGUAACGUUAGUUAUCUAUCUACAUAGCAAAACAAUUGUGUAAAACUCAUUGAACAUUUGCAUUUACAUUUAGGCUUCGGUAUCAGUUUCAGAUUCAGUUGUAGUUUCAGAUUUGUUUGUUGUACUUAAAAGUUUGUAAAUUACCCGAGUUUGCAGUGACUCUGGUUAGGUUACCAGGAAAAGGUGUACGUGAUUUGUAGCUUGAGUUUUACAAACAGUUUUAUGACCCAUCCACCGUGUAUUCUAAUUAAAACCUAUUUGCAUUUGGACAUUAAAUUAUAUGACAUUCUGAGAACUCUGCUUCCUUCCCAUCGUAACGUUUCCAGGCCAAUCAUUUCUGCAUUUUUCCCUCUUAAAAAUAUAUUAUCUUUUAAUAUAUUAUCAUUGUCAGACUAAUUAAUUGACAUGAACGGCGAUAAAGAGAGUCAAUUUAUUAUUUCACCUGGGGAAAUUGUUAAUUUUAAAUGGUUUCGAAUUACAUUCAUUGUACAUACAUAAUAUCAUAUAUACCUAGAAGCACUUUACUCAAAAGUAUUCUCACAAUUUAAUUCAAAUAACUGAAAGAAUCAUACACACACAGACCAAGCUGCAAAACUGUUUUUCUAAAUGUGUAUAGAAAUAGAAAAAUAAAUAGUGGCCAGUCCCAGAUGCAAUUUAUUGUGUGACCAAUGCGAGGUGCUCGUAACAUGGACCACACUGAAGCAUUAACCGACUCAAGAUAUGUAAUCCUUUUUGACUAAAGUUAGCCCACGAAUAGGGCAUUUUGAUAAUCUAUUCAUGUUGAUAAUAUUUUGCACUGACGAAUGUAUAAAAAUGGGCACCGUAAGCGUAACUAAUUAGAUUUUAUAAAUUUAAUCGAUCAAUAAACCGAUCAAAAACAAGGUAACCAACUUAUUGGAGCUCAAUAUAAUACGAUAUACUGUAACGCAGUCUAAGUUUAAUAUCGAGUAGGCGUGCCGUUGUCAUGCCGUUAAUAAAAAUCCGUUAAAUCA